UCACAUCCGGGUUCUUCAGAGUCAUAUGACCAGCUCUCUGCUGCUGUCACUGAAUCUGUUCUUCAGUACGAGUUAGCAAAGCACAGCCACCAACCUUAGCUCUCUCAGGUUCCCUCUUCUUCAUCCGACCAUGGCAACACUUGUGGCGAACAGAGCGAUGGACAUCAACGGCUUGGCAGGAGCUGCGAGGACACACACCCAGGCUGUGACCCGAAAUUACAUCUCCCAGCCCCGGCUAACCUACUCCACCGUGUCGGGUGUAAAUGGACCUCUGGUGAUCCUGGAUAAUGUGAAGUUCCCCAGGUACGCUGAGAUUGUCCACCUGACCCUGCCGGAUGGCACCAAGAGGAGUGGACAGGUUCUAGAGGUGAUUGGAAGCAAGGCAGUUGUGCAGGUGUUCGAGGGAACAUCAGGUAUCGAUGCCAAGAAGACGGCCUGCGAGUUCACCGGUGAUAUUCUGCGUACUCCGGUGUCUGAGGACAUGCUGGGACGUGUGUUUAACGGCUCAGGCAAACCCAUCGAUCGUGGACCCAGUGUGCUGGCUGAGGACUACCUGGACAUCAUGGGUCAGCCCAUCAAUCCUCAGUGCCGUAUCUACCCUGAGGAGAUGAUCCAGACCGGUAUCUCAGCCAUCGAUGGGAUGAACAGUAUUGCCAGAGGACAGAAGAUCCCCAUUUUUUCUGCUGCUGGGCUGCCCCACAAUGAGAUUGCUGCCCAGAUCUGUCGCCAGGCCGGCUUGGUGCAGAAGUCCAAGGAUGUGAUGGACUACAGUGCUGAGAACUUUGCCAUUGUCUUCGCCGCCAUGGGAGUCAACAUGGAAACUGCUCGCUUCUUCAAGUCUGACUUUGAGGAGAACGGCUCCAUGGACAACGUCUGCCUCUUCCUGAACCUGGCCAACGACCCCACCAUCGAGCGUAUCAUCACCCCUCGCCUGGCGCUGACCUCAGCGGAGUACUUGGCCUACCAGUGUGAGAAGCACGUCCUGGUCAUCCUGACUGACAUGAGCUCUUACGCAGAGGCUCUGAGAGAGGUCUCUGCUGCCCGAGAGGAGGUGCCUGGCCGUCGAGGCUUCCCCGGUUACAUGUACACCGAUCUGGCCACCAUCUAUGAGCGUGCUGGCCGAGUGGAGGGAAGGAACGGCUCAAUCACCCAGAUCCCCAUCCUCACCAUGCCCAACGAUGACAUCACCCAUCCAAUCCCUGAUCUGACUGGGUACAUCACAGAGGGGCAGGUCUACGUGGACAGACAGCUGCACAACAGACAGAUUUACCCCCCUAUCAAUGUGUUGCCCUCACUGUCCCGUCUGAUGAAGUCCGCCAUCGGGGAAGGCAUGACCAGGAAGGACCAUGCUGAUGUUUCCAACCAGCUGUACGCCUGCUAUGCUAUCGGUAAGGACGUCCAGGCCAUGAAGGCUGUGGUGGGAGAGGAGGCCCUCACCUCUGAUGAUCUGCUCUACCUUGAGUUCCUCCAGAAGUUUGAGAAGAACUUUAUCGCUCAGGGCCCCUACGACAACAGGACGGUGUAUGAAACUCUGGACAUCGGCUGGCAGCUGCUGCGAAUCUUCCCCAAGGAGAUGCUGAAGAGGAUUCCUCAGAGCACCCUUGCCGAGUUCUACCCGAGGGAGUCCGGCGCCCGUCACUGAGGCCCGCUCUGGUUCUAACCCCUCUGCUCUCUCUACCCAUUAUCCUCCCCUCCCUUGUAUUCCUUUCUUUCAUCUCACCCCACAGCCCUCACCCAUCCUCUCAUGAAUCCUCCCUGAAUGAGAACAGGGCAAUAAUCUCCCCGUCUGUAGAUGUACUGUAGCGUAUCUGUGUCCUGAAGUUGUGUAUGGAAAGUGUCUGUGGUUGUAAUGUCUCCCCUUGAUUGCAAAAACGUGAACAUAUCUUUGAAAUUACAGAUGAGUCUUUAUUUAUUGGGGUGUGUUACUGCUGGAUUCUUCUUCUUCUGUUUUUUUAAUAAAUGUUGUGUGAUAUCCAUAUCCCUCUGAAAGAAGAGGCUCCCCUCUAGAGAGCGGUGCGGGGGAGAGGUGAAGAAUCAACUGAUGGCGUUCCUAGAGUUUGUUUUUCAGAAAUAUUGAUUCGGCCUGAUUGUCCUUUUCUAAAGUAAAACUUUUGAGUGAAUAUUUCCUGAAAAAUGAAAACUCCCAGACGGAGCAGACCGAACCUCUUGAUCUUACUUCACCCUCCACUCAUGAUAGGAAACUGCUGUAUUAUUUUCAUGCUUAAAUCUCUCUCAUCACCAUGACCCAUGUCCUGAGGACAGCCUCAGACUCAUUAGGGAAACACAGAGGUCUCCUCCCCUCUUUCUGCCCCUCUGGCUUCCUCUCUCUGGAGCGUGUACACUUGAUGUUUACAUGAUUUCUGUUUGCUGUUGGUUUUGUGUUGCAAAGGCGAGUGUAUAAGAGUAUAGAAAACAUUCCCAUCUGUCUGCAGAAACUAAUUCUUUAUUGUGUAACAAUAAUGGUUUUGUGAGUUUGUGUCCAUGAAUAAAUUAAAUUAUAUGCUGUA